AUGGUUGUCACGCGGGACGACGGAACGGUCGGUUCGCGCGUGGAGCCAGAGGCGCGGGCGCUCGAGCAGCCGCGAGUGCAAGUGCAGCAGGCGGCCAGGUUGAAGCAGCCGCCGGGGUAUUUUUUGACCGCCCUCGAGAUAAGCCGUGUUGGCAUGCGAAUGCCGGAAUUUACGCUGUCGGAUCCGGAACUCUGGUUCAACAUCGUCGACAGGAGUUUUCAGGCCGCCGGAAUCACAGUCGAUUCCACCAAGUUUGGAUACGCGUUGACAGCUAUCGGGCCGAAUUAUACUGCCGAGGUGCGUGAUAUUAUUAUGAAUCCGCCUGCGGAGCACGCGUAUGAGACGCUGAAGACUGAAUUAGUCAAGCGUCUGAGCCUGUCGCAGGAGCAUAAGACCCGGAGGCUCCUUGAACACGAGGAAAUCGGAGAUCGCAAGCUGUCGCAAUUUUUACGACACCUCCGCGGCCUCGCCGGAAACGUGGUUGACGAUCCCGUCUUGCGGACGAUCUGGCUAAACCGAUUGCCGGCUUACAUUCAGCCGCAUUUGGUGACGCGCACGGCGGAUACGCUCGAGUAG